GGGCAGGGGUUGCCUUGGCGAUUCGGCCCUUCUUCGUUUUCCCUCUCUCGCCCCCGUGCGGCUCCCUGGUCCGCGCCUGCGCAGAGGACUCGGCACGAAGAUUAUCUAAAGCCACAGGGAAAAUGGUGGAAAGUUCACCGUCGCCAUUGCCAGAAAGAGCGAUUUAUGGCUUUGUCCUUUUCUUAAGCUCCCAAUUUGGCUUCAUACUAUAUCUUGUGUGGGCUUUUAUUCCUGAAUCUUGGCUAAACUCCUUAGGCUUAACCUAUUGGCCUCAAAAAUACUGGGCAGUUGCACUGCCUGUGUACCUCAUUACUGUUGUGAUUGGUUACGUGCUCUUAUUCGGGAUAAACAUGAUGAGUACCUCUCCGCUCAACUCCAUUCAUACAAUCACAGAUAACUAUGCCAAAAACCAACAGCCGAAGAAAUACCAAGAAGAGGCCAUCCCAGCAUUAAGAGAUAUUCCCAUUAGUGAAGUAAACCAAAUGUUUUUUCUUGCAGCCAAAGAACUUUACACCAAAAACUGAAUUGUACAUAGACUAAUACCAAACAUUUAUUACAAAUUUUUGAUGGAAGAAUUUCGACCAUAGUAAUUUUGACUGUCUUUCUGAUUAAUAUCCAGUAUUGAAAUGUUAAA